AUGGCAAAGAAACUUCAUAAACCGACUAAUGAAUUAGGCACGGGUGCUGGGUUACCCCUUGAUAAGCGUCCCAGGCCAGUUUCCAAUCCUCUGGCCAUUAUUUCCAGACCUUUCAAGAUACCGGUGGCAAGAGAUACUUCACGCAAUCAUUCCACCCUAAAUGGAAGGCAAGUAAGAAAAGCUCGUCUGAAAGGACCAUCCUCCUAUGCUCUAAUGGAGAUUGAUACCAACAUAGUCGCUGAUAGUGAUUUGUCGGUCGGUGCGGAUGGAGAGGUAGUUGUUCGUGGCAAAAAAGGUGCUUUGACUUCCAGAAGAAUGCUGGAUAGUGAGGGUAGAUCUAGUCCAAUCUUGAACAAGAAGUUUACAGUACCAAUCAAAAUUGAUAAAGAAAAUGCAUUUGAGAGACAAAACUCUCAACCCCCACCACCAUUAGGAACUAAAAGAAAGCCAACAUUGCCUCCUAGGCCUCUUCAUGAUCCUAUGAGUGAGUAUGCUAUUGUCUUGUAUGAUCCCACAGUGGAUAUCAUUCCUGAAAUCAAAGAGGAAGACGAUAGAUUACGCAAGGAGCAAGAAGAAUUAGAAAUGGAACGCAAGAAGGCUGAACAAAUCACAAACAAAAACAAAAGAAUAAAACCUGGAAAGUCCUUAGCAGAAAUAUUAGGUAUUGCUAAGGAUGGAUCUUCACUCAAAAAGUAUCCCAAUGUACCAGUUGUGAUUGAUCCAAAACUUGCCAAGAUUUUAAGACCUCAUCAGAUAUCAGGUGUAAAAUUUCUCUUUCGUUGCACUUCAGGUUUAGUAGAUGCGAGUGCUAAAGGUUGUAUCAUGGCUGACGAAAUGGGAUUGGGAAAGACAUUACAAUGUAUUGCAUUGCUGUGGACCCUCUUGAGACAAAGUCCUCGGGGUACCAAAACAAUUGAAAAAGCUAUUGUUGUCUGUCCAUCAUCCUUGGUCAAAAACUGGGCGAAUGAAUUUGACAAAUGGCUUGGAAAGGGAACACUGACGCCACUUGCAAUCGAUGGAAAGUCAGCUAAAGGCUCUACUAUCUCCUCACAACUAUCACAGUGGGCGAUGGCCACUGGUAGGAAUAUCGUCCGACCGGUACUCAUCGUUAGUUAUGAAACAUUGAGAAGAAAUGUGGAGAGUCUAAAAGGAACUAAGGUAGGACUGAUGCUUGCUGAUGAGGGUCACAGGCUAAAAAAUGGAGACUCUUUAACUUUUACUGCUCUCAACUCUCUAGACUGCGAACGUAGAGUCAUUCUAUCUGGAACACCCAUUCAAAAUGACUUAUCAGAGUAUUUUUCUCUCUUGACGUUUGCUAAUCCUGGCCUUUUGGGGACAAGAAACGAGUUUAGAAAAAACUAUGAAAACCCAAUUUUAAGGGGAAGAGAUUCUUUGGCUGAUGAUAAGGAACGUGAAAAGGGUGACCAGAAACUGAAAGAGUUGACCGAAAUUGUUGCAAGAUUCAUCAUUAGAAGAACCAAUGAUAUCCUAUCAAAGUACUUGCCUGUGAAGUAUGAGUACGUUAUCUUCUGCAAUCUUUCGGAAACUCAAAAGAGUCUUUAUCAGAGAUUCACUGCAUCGAAGUCCAUUUCAAAGCUAGUCAAAGAAGUCGGUGGAGGAGCUCAGUCUUUACAGUCCAUUGGAUUAUUGAAAAAGCUUUGCACUCAUCCUAAUCUUUUGAAUUUACCUGAAGACAUAGAAGGUUGCGAGAACUUGCUUCCAGACGACUAUGAUUAUGGGCAUGGAAAUCGAAGAAAUCGGGAAGUACAGGUAUGGCAUAGUAGCAAGUUCCUAAUUCUUCAAAGAUUCUUGUACAAAAUAAACAAAGAAACGAAUGACAAAAUAGUGAUUAUUUCAAAUUACACUCAAACGCUGGAUCUUAUUGAGAAGCUUUGUAUUAGCUCAAGAUAUGGAUCACUGAGACUGGAUGGUACUAUGAACAUUAAUAAACGACAAAAAUUGGUCGACAAAUUCAAUAAUCCAGAGGGUAAAGAGUUUGUUUUCCUGCUAAGUUCCAAAGCUGGUGGAUGUGGAAUUAAUCUGAUCGGAGCUAAUAGAUUAAUUCUUGUAGAUCCUGAUUGGAACCCAGCGUCUGAUCAACAAGCUCUGGCCCGUGUGUGGAGAGAUGGACAGACAAAGAACUGUUUUAUUUAUAGAUUUAUUGCCACUGGUAGUAUUGAAGAAAAGAUUUUCCAAAGACAAUCAGCUAAACUGCAAUUGAGUUCAUGUGUCGUUGACUCAAAUGAUGAUGUGGAAAGAUUAUUUUCUGCAGAUAAUUUGAAACAACUAUUUCAAUUCAAAGAGAACACGUUUUCAGAGACUCACAGCACCUACAACUGUAAACGUUGUCAUCCCGAUGGAAAACAAUUCAUUAAAUCCAGUGCUAUGUUAUACGGUGAUCCAACCACUUGGAAUCAUAUACACCCCGGGAGUUUGGCAAGCAAUGAAGAUACGUUAAUUGCCAACGAAGCCCAAUUCAAUGACAUCAGCUACUGUUUCCAAUAUAUAUCACAUUAG